AUGGCGCCCUCGCUUCACCCUACGGAGUACACGCAUCUCGCGUUCGUGCGCGAGAUCGCCUUCCAUCUCGGCCCGCCCGGUGCCCAGCACGCACUCAAGACGACGAUGCAGCGUGGCAUUGACCCCGGCCUUCCGGCGUGGAACGCGCACCUGCUUGCGCUCGCCGGCCGCGGACGCUUCGACGCCGCGCAGCACGUGCUAAGGGCGAUGGAGUCGGGACGUAAGAUUGCUGGCCGUGCCCUUCCAUCGCCUACGGCUAGAACUUACAUCGGCCUGGUUCGUGUUUGUGCUGCGAACGGGCAGGAGGAGUGGGCUCGCAAGUUCCUCGAGCAGCUUGCUGAGUUCCAGAAGGAGGACAGUCUCGAGGACGUCCCGGAGCCGAAAACACAGCGUCGCCGCCCCAAGACCGUCCAUGUUCAGGUCGCUCAGCCUGUGGCGACGCCGCCUUCCUCGUCCCAGUCUUCGUAA